AUGACAAAGGAGAAGAUUCUGACAAAGAGAUUUGUAUUUAGUGCCUCUAGUGUAGCUGCACUUAGAGAGAAGUACGCUGAUCAAAGCACAACCGAAGAUCUCCCAAGGCGUCCUACACGUAUCGAAGCCUUAUCGGCUCUCAUAUGGAGCCGCUUUGUGGCUGUCACUCAUGGGAUGGCAGACCCAAGAAGAGUCUACACGAUCCUGCAUGCGGUGAACCUAAGUAUAAGGAUGGACCCUCCAUUGACGGAGAAUUACUUUGGGAAUAUUGUCCGGUUUGCGAUAACAACACCAAGCAUGGACGCUGAUUUUGGAUGGGGGAAGCCUAUAUGGGUUGGAUCAGCUAGCCUACCUUUCAAGAAUCUAAUUGUUGUCAUGGACAGUAGUGGAACUAACGGUGGAAUAGAAGCAUGGAUUAACUUGAUGGAGGAAGACUUGGGUAAAUUCCAAGGAGACAAGGAGCUCCUCUCAUUUGUUUCUCCAACUUAA